AUGGCCACCCAUCCAGCCCCCUACAACAUCUUCGAACCAGGCGAAAGUUCGAAGCAAACAAAUCUUAACACCACCCCCGCCUCAUCCAUUUACACCAUCUACUCCCUUCCCUCAUCCAACCCCUCUCCUACCUCAGAAUCUCCACCUUUCCCCAACCCCCAACCUCCUUCUCCCAGAAACCCAUACACAACACCCCCUUCAGCCACCUACACGCUCCCUGCACCGCCAACAGCCAGACCACGAGCGGUCGGACCACCAGCUGUUCGGUACCCACGCAGAGUGGCAACGGCAGCAGGAGGGUCACGGUAUAUGCAUCUUCGUGAGUUGGAGGACGGUGGUGGAGAUGGCGAUGACGAUGGUUUGACAUGGAGGACAGAGGGGAGAAUAGGGGAAAAUAUGAGGAGUACGAUCUUGGCCAUCCCGGUACCGAAGUUGAAACCGGUGGUUCAAGUUUUCGUGGCUGAGUAUCAGGGGUUGAGAUUGUGUGCGAUUAGUGAUGCUGUUCCUUGGUUACUAUCCCCCCUCUCCAUCCCCAUCCGCCUCCAAGCCAUCCUCGAAGACGGCACCCGCUUUCCAGCUCCACUGUGUCAUCCAGCACACCGGUACACGCAUACACCGCGGGAUAAGGCGCUGUUGGCUCUUCUGACUUCGCUGGAUGGAAGGAGGGAAAGGGGGAAUUGGUAUGCGCAGGGUUUGGCUAUUAGGGGUGGGAAGUUGGUGCUGUAUAGGAGGGGUGGUGGUGAUGGGAAGGGGGGUGUUGGACCGCUGGGUGUGGAUUCAGGGAUGUUUGAGAUGUGGGCAGAGGAAGAAGUUAGUGGGAAAGGGAAAGGGAAAGUGGAGGAGGAGGAUGGGGACGUGGAAAUGUUCAAGCCGUCUGCAUUUGGAUCUGGAUCAAGGAACAAGGCUUCGAGCGUUCCUCCUCCUCAUCCACAGCAUCCACAGCAUCCACAGCAUAUCCGGCCGGAAAACACGCAGGACAUACAGCUCACACCAUUCCCGCAACCUGAGAGGUCAAUUUGGAGCAAAAGAACCCCUGCUAGAACUGAGGAGGGCAGAGUCGACGCCCAUGAGCCAGCGCAAGCUAGGUGGUGGGCUGGGGUGAAGACUACGACGCGGAAGGUUUUACUGUGGACGUUUCUACGGCUACGCCUCGAACCCCCAACGAGAUUCAACGCCUCCCCCAUCCACGUUUCGACAUUGAACGCCUCCCACCCCCAUUUCGCCAAAAUGAAGCCCUUGCUCUAUGUCCUCGUCACAAUCUCACCCGUCACUGCCGCUAGGAUCUGCCACCUCGAUUAUUUCAAUGCCGAAAGCAGGAUGUCUUGGGAUGACUGGAAGGCGGCUGCGCCAGGGACAUGUGCUUCUCUCGGUGGGAAUUGGGAUGGUGGCCUGGGUGAAAUAACCGAUAACCAAACGAUGACGUGCAACGGCGUCCCCAAUUGGAUUCCCUGUGACGGCGUCGCAGAUGUAGGAGGGCACAACGUGGUUUUCGCUUGCAACAAUUGCGCGCCCGUCCCAACCGGGCCACCAAGAUAA